GCCUCACACCCCCGCCCUUCGGCCCCGCGCGCCCUUCGGCCCCGGCAGCCCCCGAAGAGAACCAGAGGGCUAGAGAGCGCGGCGCUCCCGGGCCAGCUCGGCCCCCUCCCCUCACCACCGCCGGCCCUCCGCCGCCUCUCACCGCUUCCACCACCUCUCCCCCCCCCUGCCAAGUAGAGGCCCCCUCCGGGGGGGGGAGGCCAGGGACCGGAUUCCCCUAACUCCCUCGCCCCCUCCCCCACCUGGCCGAGUGAGGAGAAGGGCCCGGCCCAGCCCGUGUCGUGUGUGAGGAGGACCCGGGCCGGCCCACGGGCCGUCUGGGGCCUGAUCCGGUCCUCUGGUUGUGUGAAGACAGGGGCUCGGUGCGGCCCGGCGAGCGCGAGCGGAGGGUAGGGGCCUGUUCCGGCCCGGCCGGUGCGUGAGGACUGGGGCUCCGGCCCGGCCCGGCGCCGCCGCCGCCGCUAUGGCCCAGCAGCAGAUGACCAGCUCUCAGAAGGCCUUGAUGCUGGAGCUGAAAUCCCUGCAGGAGGAACCGGUGGAGGGCUUCCGGAUCACCCUGGUGGAUGAGUCCGACCUCUACAACUGGGAGGUUGCCAUCUUCGGACCCCCCAACACCCUCUACGAAGGCGGCUACUUCAAGCCUUUUAUUCCAGAAGUCCUUCGUUGGAAAAAGGGAAAUUUAUGGUUGUGGGCAGUUAACAAUGGCGCAUAUUAAAUUUCCUAUUGACUACCCAUAUUCACCACCUACCUUCAGAUUCUUGACCAAAAUGUGGCACCCCAACAUUUAUGAGUUUCACAGCAAGGGUUACCUUCAUCAGAGAUUCAGCUUUGAGGGUGGGGAUGUAACCUACUAUAUUUGGACUGGCCUCCUUUCAGGAGUUGCUGCAGAGCAGUUGAGAGCCUUUUUCAAUCCCAAGAAUGGAGAUGUAUGCAUUUCAAUUCUUCAUCCACCUGUAGAUGACCCACAGAGUGGAGAACUGCCCUCUGAAAGGUGGAAUCCUACUCAGAAUGUCAGGACUAUCCUGUUAAGUGUAAUCUCAUUGCUUAAUGAGCCCAACACCUUCUCCCCAGCCAAUGUGGAUGCUUCUGUUAUGUUCAGGAAAUGGCGGGACAGUAAAGGAAAAGACAAAGAAUAUGCUGAAAUCAUUAGGAAACAGGUUUCAGCCACUAAAGCCGAAGCAGAAAAGGAUGGAGUGAAGGUCCCCACGACCCUGGCAGAAUAUUGCAUCAAAACUAAAGUGCCUUCCAAUGACAACAGCUCGGAUUUGCUUUAUGACGACUUGUACGACGACGACAUUGAUGAUGAAGAUGAGGAAGAGGAAGAUGCCGACUGUUACGAUGAUGAUGAUUCUGGGAAUGAGGAGUCGUGACGUGCUCCGUCGACACCCCUGUACUGCCCUGCCGUCACAGGCCAAAGGGAGGGGAGCACUGGGGACCUAGCAGUGGCUCCUCAGCAGAAACCUAUCACAGGGGGUGGGGAAACAAAUGUGGCUCCUGCUGCCUCCCCUUAUGGAUCUCGGUUUGCUCCUUUUUAUGGACCUCUUAAUGGAGAGUAUUCCUCCACAGAAUGUCUGAAUUCUUGCAUUCUUUACCCUUUCAUCACUGUAUUGAUUCUUUUUUUUCUUUAAACCCAAACUUCUGCCUCACUUCAUCUCUACAAAAUGUUCCCAGCAAAACACAUUUGGUCUGUUUUUAGAUUCCUGAGAAUUAAAUAGUCUUUCAUCAAGAUGUUUAAUGUGUUGAAAGCUGAGAACCUAUUGGAAAUUCACAAGUGCUGUAUAUGCUGGGUAGCAAAAGGAAAUGGGAGAAAAAAACCCCACAAAACUUUUUAAAAAGCAAAUUUGCCAAGGUUUAGCUGCUCAUUUGCAGUAGUAUGUGUGCAUUCAUUCAGCCCCAAGGUGGCAAAUUUUGGUUCCCUACUUAAAGCUGGGGUACAACAGUCAUCAGGGACUUUGUGCUAAGCCUGAUGAAGUGUUUCCUAAGGGCACAGAGACCCUUCAGCCUCCAGAACAUCAUCCUAACACAAAGGUCUCAGCUGAGGAGAGAAGUCAGAAUUUGUUUUUUGAAAUUGAUUGGGAUCUAAAGCCUGAAAUAAAUAUUCAUACUUUACAUAGAACUGAGCACUUGAUUGCUAUUUAUUUUAAAGGCAGAGUUGUUAUUCCCCUGCCCAGGGAGUGUGGAUUAGUAUGUGUGUGGUCUUAGAGCUGGUAACAAAGUUUAAAUCAGUAUGCCAAUAUUGGUUGCUGCUGCUGGGGGAGAAAACGUCAAAACUACUGGUGACCAUUGUUGGGCAAGAAAAUACCUGUUUUAUAUAUUUAACAUGGCCUUUCCCUCAAAGCUACACUCUCAUCAUGAGGAUUUUUUUAAGUAGCCAGUUUCAGUUACUCAGUAUUACUACUAGGUGCAUGUGUGAAAAUUCUGGUUUUCAGUGAGCUGCUCAUACCAAUAAUGGUAACUACAGAUAUCUGAGACAUGAGUGGCCGGUUCCUGCUUUCCUCACUGGCUGUGACCUGGACUUCUCUCUUUCAGUGUGUACUCUGGCUAUGGAGAGCAAGCAAAAGUUGCACCUGGAGCUUGCCCUGGGCUGGCUCUGACUCUUCUCAGCAGGGCCGAGGGAACUGGCUGCAGGCAGCGUCUGGGAAAGCCCUCACUAGCCAGGGACUUCAGAACUUGGCAGUGAUUUUUGUUUCUUAUGCAGCCAGCCAGUUCAUAGGAGGGCUUUCAGUGGGGGAAAAUCACUACAGUGCAAACAAGAUUUUGGAAGGAACAUACGGCAGACUGACUGCAGCCCUACUUUAGAUCCCUGUACGCUAAGUGUCAACUCCUCUUCUUCAGAUUGUAGCUCAGAAAGAACCAAAGGGUUGAUGAGGGACAGGUAGGAUGGAUCCCAGGACAGCGUAGGUGAUGCUUACUACUUCCUUAUUAGCUCCUCCUUCCUCUCUGAUCUCAGGGUUUUCAUUAGCUUGUCAAACUCUCCACAAACAUUUGCUGAUUUCCAGCAGCCCUUUCUAGCCUCCAAAGUCGAGUAUUAAGUGGGAACAUUUAACAUACUAAAAUUCGCAUGGGAAUGUUGAGCCUGGUGCCAGAAUCUGUCCAAUACCCCUGAGGCCAGAGCUACUUCCACCCCUGAACCUAGUAAUUCCAGUAGAUUCAGAAAACAGAGCAGCUCUUUGUGACAAAACACUGACUACAAUUCUCAUAGGACACUGGGACUAGCUUCUUAUUCUCUGUGCUUUAGUAAUGCAUCUAGAUAACCUACAAAUCUUCUACAGCCUAAUAAUAAUGCAGAUGACCCGUUACCCACACACAAACAUACAGGUUUACAGCCAGUAGCUUGGUCUUAACUCUUGGAGCCCUAAAAUUAAGCCUUUUCCCUUACUGCGAAAACAUUUCUCUCCCAGGGCAGGCCAAGCACCUUGGCCUUAUGGGAGGUGCUAUGCUAUUCAGCCCUGUCCCAUUAGGCCCUGUUGGCCUCUGUUGUGUGUUGACUCAGGGAGCCAGAGCCAGAUGUAGGUCGUACCUCUCAGCCCUUUUUGGGGUGUUACUAUGAGGGCUGGGUUUGCCUCUGACAAGAGGACAAUCAGUUCCAGAAAAAAACCUGGCAUAUAUUGAUUUGCUAGCAGGUAGAUAUUCUGAUAGCUCAGACUGACCUGUAAAACCCAGAUGCUGGUUCCAGAGCUCUGUCCUGAGAACACAUCCUGUGGCAACAGGAAAACUGAGCAUGUAACUUUUCUUUCUGGAAGUGGAGAUCUCAGGCUGAGGCCAGAACCUUAUGAGCACAGCUGUGCUGAUUAUUCGAUGUAACAUGAAUUCAGAAUCUGCAUUUUAAGGUUCCUUCUGAUUCUAGUGGAGGCCUCUGGAUGUUCUUCAGGUCUGUAUUUUGAGGCUCAGAAAAUAUAUCAUGAUUCUGUUGUUGCUUCUCAGUCUCUCCCCCUAACCCCUACCCCCACCAUUUUGUAUCAUUCCAGAGUUCUUUUCUAUUGGCCAAACUUUGUAGUCCCUUUAUUCUCUUCCCUGGUAAUUAUUUGCUUAUUUGCUGGUUUCCUUAUGUUUGGGACAUAACAGAUUGAAGGGGGAAAUGUGUAGCUCUCCACUGAAAAUUAACUCUCCAUCCCUCCCAUCCUAAUAAAAAGGUUUACAUUUACAAGAUUCAGAUGCAAUUUUCAACUAUUCUAAAACCAGCAGGACACACCUGACUUUAAUAGUUUUCUUAGCUGAGAUUGUAGAUGUUUUUCUUCAGUUUAACUUAAAAGAUGAUAAUGCAUUUUGUGUUGAACUCCCCCUUUAGUGGUUUAUUUUGUCUUUUUCUGCCCAUCUGUCUACUAAUAAAAUGUGAAAUAAAAUAUACCUGUAUUGCUACUUC